AUGGCAGCUGCAAAGGAAGAGGACCAAUUCCAGCUAAUUGAACCCAACCAACGACCAGAGAACGACAAUAACUGGUCCGAUGUCCCGCGAGUGCCAAAAUUUAUCAGCUGUUUGCUGGAAAUCCAGAACACCGAGAUUACCAAAUUCAUCAAAACUGGUAUCGCCGACAAGAACGACUACCCGCUUUACUUCGAGAAAGUCAUCUACGAGGCUGACAUCGAGGAGAAUGUCGAAGUCAAUCACAACUUUCUCAACGUCACCGCAAAAACUCACGCUGAAGCGCCCGGUGUUCGAUACAAGAUCACAAGCGGUAACAUAGGUGGCGUCUUUGCGAUUCACAACAGCACCGGAGCUCUGCUGGUGGCCAAACCGCUGGAUUACGAGAAAAUCAAAAAGUACGAGCUCCGGUUGACAGUUUCGGACAGCUUCAAGGAGAACUACACGACGGUGCUGAUCAACGUCAAGGACGUCAACGAUAAUCCACCGGUAUUCGAGAAAUCAUCAUAUCGCACCCAGAUCACCGAGGAGGAUGACCGGGGCCUGCCGAAGCGGGUCAUGCGGGUUACGGCAUCCGACGGGGACGUCGAGCGCCCAAACAACAUCAUCUACUUCCUGACCGGUCCCGGGAUCGAUAUCGAAAAUCCAUCGGAGAGCAAUUUCGAUAUCAACAAGGCAACGGGGGAGAUAUUCGUGUUGAAGCCUCUGAACCGUGAUCCGCCACACGGGAGGGCAUCCUGGAAGUUUACCGUCUUUGCGCAGGACGAGGGAGGCGAGGGAUUGGUCGGUUUCACCGAGGUGCAGAUCAACUUGAAGGAUGUCAAUGACAACGCGCCGGCUUUUCCGCAGGGGAUUUACUAUGGUAAUGUUACCGAAAAUGGGACCGUUGGGAUGUACGUUAUGACGAUUAAGGCUGAGGAUUACGACGAUGUGAAUGAGGGGACGAAUGCCAAGAUUGUUUAUUCGAUCGAAAAGAAUGCGAUUGAGGAGGAAACUGGACUGCCGAUUUUCGAUAUCAAUCCGGAUACCGGGGUCAUCAAGACGGCCGUUUGCUGUUUAGAUCGGGAGAAGACGCCGGAUUACUCGCUGCAGAUUGUGGCAACCGAUGGUGGGGGUUUAAAGGGUACGGGAACGGCGUCGAUCAAGGUGAAGGAUUUGAAUGAUAUGCCGCCGCAUUUUACCAAGGAUGAAUGGUUUGUGGAAGUUGAGGAAACGGACGGAAAUGUGCUGCCGGAUGCACCGAUUUUGACGGUGACCGUGAAUGAUGACGAUGAGAUUAAUAACUUUCAGUAUAAGAUUAUUGGGGGUAGUGGAUAUGGAGCAGAUAAGUUCGCCAUGAUCAAGAACGUCGAUGGUACUGGAAGUUUGAAGGUAGUUCAACCUCUGGAUUUUGAGGACCCAAUGCAGAUCAAUGGGUUCCGGUUUCGUAUUCAGGUGAUCGAUAACGAGGGUAUCAACGAUACGGACAAAUAUCACGUUGCUCAUUCGUGGGUGAUAGUUAAGCUGAAAGAUAUUAAUGAUAAUACUCCGAGGUUCCGGAGGCCACACAUGGAGGCAACGGCAGCAGAGAACGACGAAGUUGGUAAAUCGUUGGUCAGCUUCAAAGCCAUUGACAUCGAUAAAGCUGGCAAGAGUAAGAUCACCUACAUGAUCAAUCGAGCAACCGAUAGGAAACGGCAGUUCUCAAUCAACGAAGAAGGAACGGUGAGCAUACAAAGAGAACUGGAUCGAGAAGCGAUCUCCAAGUACAGUCUUGAAAUAUUAGCCAUCGACGAUGGUGUUCCAGCAAGAACAGCUACGGCAACGCUAACGGUAGAGGUGAAAGACGUAAACGACAAUGCACCGGUGUUUGCAGAACAAUACACUCCGAUACUGUUGGAGAAUUCUCCCCCGUCGAAAAUAAUCGACAUUGCAGCCACCGAUCGGGACGAUCGGAAAGUUGGCAAUGGGCCUCCAUUUCAGUUCCGAAUGGAUCCAGAAGCUGACGAUGGAAUUCGGACGUCUUUUAAGGUCGAACAGAACAAUACAGGGGAUGGAAUGGCGAUUAUUUCUUCACUGAGAUCUUUUGAUCGAGAGUAUCGAAAGCAGUACGAAAUCCCGAUAGUUAUUAAGGACUCGGGAAGUCCACCUCAAACGGGUACGAGUACGUUAACCGUUACAAUCGGAGAUUUAAACGACAACAUAAUGCAAGCUGGUUCGAAAGAAGUCAUCGUCUACAACUAUCAAGGUCAAGCUCCUGAUACAACCAUCGGUAGGAUCUUCGUCAAUGAUUUGGAUGAUUGGGAUACCUCGGAUAAGUUGUUCUAUUGGGAUGAAGUUGAAAACCCUAGAUUUAAGCUGGAUGACACUUCAGGAAUGGUGACGAUGAGACGUGGCGCACGAGAGGGUCGAUACAAGCUCAAGUUUAAGAUCUAUGAUCGAAAGCACGCUCAAGAAACUAAUGCCAACAUGUCGGUUGUUGUGAAGCACAUCUCCUACGAAGCUAUUGUUAACUCCGGAUCUAUUCGUUUGGUAGGAAUCACGGAUGAAGAUUUUAUUAGGAUUUGGAACUACCGCACCCAGAAUAUAUUUAGAAGUAAGCUGGAGCGUUUCCGAGAUAAGCUAGCCGAGUUACUCAAUAUCGAUAAGAAAAACGUAGAUGUUUUCAGUGUCCAGAUGAAACAGAAAAAUCCUCCGAUUACAGAUGUAAGAUUUUCCGCAAGGAAUGCGUACUACUUUAAGGCUGUCCAGCUUAAUGGAAUUGUGCUGCUGCACAAGGAAGAUAUCGAGCAGGAUGUCGGUAUCAACAUAACAAUGGUGAACAUCGAUGAAUGUUUAGCCGAAAAUGCCGAAUGCAACGGAUCUUGCACCAGCAUUAUUGAGGUACAAACAAAUCCAAGUUUAGUAAAUGCCAACAAAACCGCCCUAGUAGGAGUUCAAAUCAAAUCUACUGCCGAGUGCAUGUGUAGCGCCAGAGAGUAUAAACAGCAGCAAAGCUGCAAAUCCCAUCCAUGUUUAAACGGAGGACGCUGCUCGGACAGUAAGUCAGGAAUACGCUGUUCUUGUCCUCCCGGAUACACAGGCCCUCGUUGUCAGCAAACGGUACGCAGCUUCCGGGGCAAUGGAUGGGCUUGGUAUCCAUCUCUAGAUAUGUGCGAUAAAUCACACAUCAGUGUAGAACUUAUUACAACGAAAUCAGAUGGACUGAUCUUCUACAAUGGACCCAUAGUUCCACCGAACGAAAACGAUGAUAAGCAGCUGUCGGACUACAUAGCCCUUGAACUAGACCAAGGCUACCCUCGGUUUCUAAUAGACUACGGAUCGGGCACUCUUGAGCUAAGGAUCCAAACCAAACACCCACUAAAUGAUGGAGAUUGGCAUAGGAUAGAUCUUUUCUGGGACUCAGAACAGGUGAAAAUGGUCGUAGACUACUGCAAAACAGCAGUUAUCUCGGAAGCCGAUGACGGCAACAUCGUAGAAUUUGUAGAUCACACCUGCCAAGCUACCGGAAAAGUCCCACAAUUCAACGAAUAUCUUAACUUAAACACACCCCUUCAAAUUGGAGGAGUGUUCCGGGAAAAGUUCGACUACACUUACAAUCGCUGGCAAUACAUGCCUGUCGGAGCGGGUUUCGAGGGCUGUAUUCGUAACUUCAAGCACAACGGAAUCCUCUACGAUCUAUCUCAUCCAGGUCUGUCGAAAGCUACGAUGCCUGGAUGUCUCUAUACCCAGGAAGUCUGCGACCUAAAUCCACAAGUGUCCAAAUGCAUGGAACACGGAAAGUGCGUCGGCAACUACGACGAAGCCAAGUGCGAAUGUAACCCUGGAUGGUCCGGAACCUACUGCAGUCUUCCGACAACACCAACCACGUUCAAAACUCACAGCUACGUCAAAUACGCGCUCAGCUUCGAACCGGAUAAAUUCACUACUCAAAUACAGCUUCGGUUUCGAACGAGAGAAACCUUCGGGGAGCUGUUCCGAAUAAGCGAUCAGCAUAUGCGAGAGUACGGAAUCAUUGAACUGAAGGAAGGGAAGCUUUUGUUCCGAUACAGUCUGAACUCCGGUCAGGUCGAUGAGCACGAAGUUUCACUGAGUGCAGUCGAGGUCGACGAUGGCCUGUGGCAUGUUGUUAAAGUUCAACGAUACGGAUCUGCAGCCGUAUUGGAGCUGGAUGGCGGUGAGGGGGCCAACUUCAACCAGAGUUUCUCAUUCGAUGGCCAUCAGUGGCUUUCGGUCGACAAGCAGGAAGGCGUCUACGCCGGAGGCAAACCGGAGUUCACCGGCGUGAAAACUUUCGACGUCCAAGCCGAUUAUCAGAAGAGCUGUAUCGAUGAUAUCAGGUUGGACGGAAAGAGUCUUCCUUUGCCUCCGGCAACAAACGGCACCCAGUGGGGUCAAGCAACGACCGCCAAGAACAUCGAGCGGUACUGUUCGUCCAACAAUCCCUGUCAGAACGCGUACUGUCCGGAACCAUUCGAGUGUGUCGAUCUCUGGAACAAGUACGAGUGCACCUGCGGAGACGGUAUGAUCGUGUCACCCGAGGGCAAAACCUGCAUCGACCGGAACGAGUGUCUGGACUAUCCGUGCAUGAACGGGGGGACCUGCAUCAACCAGGAACCGCGCUUCAAGUACAAAUGCAUCUGUCCGGACUCGUACUGGGGCGAGAGCUGCGAGUUCCUGAAGGAACGACAAGCGCUGAAAUUCAGCACAAGUGCCUUGGCUGCCGUCAUCACCUGUUUAUUGCUGAUUAUCAUUUUGCUAUUUUUGUAUUUUUCCUGUUCGCGACGUCGGUCGGCGAGCUUCAACAAGAAACCGGCCACCAAGGACGACAUCCGGGAGAACAUCAUUAACUACUGCGACGAGGGCGGCGGAGAGAACGAUAUGACGGCGUUCGAUAUGAAGACGCUCAAGAUUCCGAUCGGGCCACUGCCGGAGCUGGUGCAGCACAAGGCGCCUCCCGUACGUCCCGAUAUUGCCGUCGUGUCCGACCAGAUCGUCACCAAGGUCGACGUGUUCCUGGACGAACGGAAACGAAGGAUGGACGUCGAUUCCAGCUCUUCCGGGGGGCCCUUCGACGAUCUCCGUAACUACGCCUACGAGGGCUGCGGGAGCACGUCUGGCUCGCUAAGUUCCUUACAGUCAGGUACUGACGAUGAACCCCAUGAGUAUAGCUUUUUGACCACAUGGGGUCCGCGAUUUGAUAAGUUAGUCAAUAUUUACGAACCAAAGUUACAGAUCGAGGACGAUGACGUUAGCUAAGAGUAGCUACUCACUUGUGCUUCGGUUGCGCGAGAGCAGUUUGGACUUUUGUUUCCAUUUUUGUACACAUAUUAGUGAAAAAAGGCGUAAAUCAGUAGGGAUAGCUAUUGGUUUGGAUUAUUUUUUACAAUACAAAAGUCGGACAGUGUAGAUAUCAAAAGGUUUAUAAAUAUUAAACGAAUACUAAACGAUAAGGUUUGACAAGUUUAGAUAAUUCGAUUGGGAAAAAUAUAAAAAAAUAAAACCGAUGCGAGUAAUGAGUAAAUGAAAAAAAAAAACCUAGUAACGUAAGUAGCCAAUAAGAAGAUUUAAGAUAUAUAAACAAAAUCAUCAGUCCUAGUCAAAAAUAAUCUGUUUGGUGCUCUCUUCCAUGUGACAUAAGCUGGAGAUAUGUUUUGUUGACAACCAUAGCCAAAAUCAAACCGAGAGUAUAAAGUAUAAAACUUUUAAGUUACGUUUGUAAAUGGGUUUUCAAAGAAUGGUUACUGUUACAAUCCCCCCACACGUUGUUGUAAAGCUGUGAAAGGAAUUUAUUGAUUUCUAAGCCAAGAUUGUAUAGCGAAGAUCAAAGAUCUUCUAUUAACGGACUAAAUAUAUUGAUUUUAUAUUCCCUAAAAAAAAAGAAAACUAAAACAAAACGAAAACUAAUCAUGGAACAGUGUCAACAAAAAACACAAAAAAAAACAAAAAUCAUUCCAGUAAAUCCAAAUGGUAAAAACCUGUACAAAGUAUUAUAAAACAGCUAAAAUCAUCGAAAACCAGGGCGUGUUUCCAUCAAAUGGAGUUUCAAAAACCGAACCUGGAAUCUUUAUGGGCAUUGAUGAAACGAAAACAAAUAAACUCAAAUGAUACUGACAAAGAGAUGGAGGAAAACCACACACGUACACUUCACAUGAAAAAAAAACCAACAAAAAAAGACGAGCAAGACAGCCAAUGCGAGAAUAAAUUUUAAUCAAAGAAAGAUAAAAAAAAAUCCAAAACCAGAAUCAAAUGGGAAAUAAACAUUUGUGCGUAAUGUAAUUGAA